AUGCCUAGCAGAGUUCCCGCCCGUUCAACUUCUGCCUCGACGCGCAAGAACUCCGCGCAACCAUCCGCUUCCGGGCGCGCAGCGUCGGUGACGCCUUCAUUCGCUGUUCCCGAUGAGCCCGCCUUGCCCGAGGCAGUCCCCACCCUGCGACGAGAUAUCUGUGCCAUCUUCGCCGACGCCCAACGCUCGACCACUGGACACCGAAAACUUGUCGUGCGCCUUCGCAAGCUCCAGGAGUCCUGCUGCGGAAUCACGCAAAAGAGCUCAAAGAAGGAUGGAAAGCGGGAACAGAGUCGUUCGGAGCUGGUGCUGCCGUCCGAGGAAACAAUCCCCGAGAAAGAGUUCAACACAGAAGUCGGCCGCUGCGUGCUGCGCAUUCUGCCUGUCAAGAAAUCAGAGCCGGUAGGCGACCGGAUCCUACGGUUCCUGGGCACAUUCCUGCACCAAGCCUCCGAGAAAGACGCCGAGUUGUUUGCGUCGAACGAGGACAAUGACGACCUCGAAAAUGUAACAGAGACCCCGACUGCCCGCUUGGCCACGACCUUGGUCAACCUCAAUAUACCCCUGUUGGUCGCGAAGGACAAGACCGUUCGGUUUCGCGCGACCCAGAUCGUCGCGCAUAUCGUCAACUCGCUCGAGACGAUAGAUGAUGACCAGUAUCACGCUAUCCGCCACGGCCUUCUGAAGCGCAUCCGCGACAAGGAGCCCGCUGUCAGAGUGCAGGCGGUGAUGGGACUGGGCCGACUCGCCGGCAAUGAUGACGACGACGAUGAUAACGAUGAGAGUUCCCGAGCAAUCCUGGAAAAAUUGGUCGACAUUAUGCAGAAUGAUACCAGCGCCGACGUGCGGAAGACGCUACUCAUCAACCUACCGCUGGUCCCGGCCAUCCUCAAGUAUCUCCUCGAACGAGCCCGCGAUCUCGAUGCACCGACCAGACGAGCAGUAUAUGCGCGUCUACUCCCUAGCCUCGGCGAUUUCCGACACUUGUCGCUGUCAAUGCGAGAAAAGUUGCUGCGCUGGGGCCUGCGCGAUCGUGACGAGAGUGUCAGAAAAGCGACGGGCAAGUUGUUCUACGAUCGCUGGAUUGAGGACUGUGCUGGUACCAACAAGGAUCCCGAAGCUGGACCCGUGGGCCAGCGUUCUCCUCCCGACACCUCGGCGCUUCUCGAGCUGUUGGAGAGAAUCGAUGUGGUCAACUCCGGUGUGGAGUCCGGGAUUGCUCAUGAAGCUAUGCGUGGCUUCUGGGAGGGCCGCCCCGAUUACCGAGAAGCCGUGGUCUUUGACGAGCCCUUCUGGGAAUCUCUGACGGCAGAAUCUGCCUUUCUCAUCCGCUCAUUCAACGACUUCUGCCGCGUCGAGAACGAGGGCAAGUAUGACAAACUCGCCGAUGAGAAGAUACCCGAAGUUACGGCGCUGGCAUUCUAUCUACACAAAUACAUGACUAGCCUUCUGCAGAAGAAAAAGUCCGUCAAAGAGGCCGGCGAUGCCAACGAGGACGACGCCGUUGAGAACGAAUUCAUCGUGGAGCAGCUGCUGCAUAUUGCUAUGACUCUCGAUUACAGUGAUGAAGUUGGCCGUCGCAAGAUGUACUCUCUCUUGCGCGAGUCUUUGGCCGUGCCGGACUUACCCGAGGAGUGCACAAAACUUACCGUCGAAACAUUGCGGUUUGUCUGUGGACCAAAUGCUGCUGCCGAGAACGAAUUUUGCAGUGUUGUUCUUGAAGCUAUUGCCGAGGUGCACGACACAAUCACUACGGAGGAUAGCUUUGUUUCUGCUAAGUCGGAGAUCAGCGAUGCCAGUUCGUCUCGCGCCCGAUCGGAGACACCCCAAACCGAAGAUGAGAAGCCUUUCAACAAAGAGGAGGCUAAGGCGAAGGUUCUUCGAGAGAUUGUGGUGAAUAUGAAGUGUCUUCAUAUUGCCCUCUGCAUGCUGCAGAAUGUCGAAGGCAAUCUUCAGGCCAAUAUGAACUUAGUAACCAUGUUGAAUAAUCUGGUUGUCCCUGCCGUGCGGAGUCACGAGGCUCCGAUUCGUGAGAGGGGUCUUGAGUGCCUGGGACUUUGUUGCUUGCUGGACAAGACCCUGGCGGAAGAAAACAUGACUCUGUUUAUCCACUGUUACAGCAAAGGGCACGAACUUCUGCAGGUCACUGCUAUCCACAUUCUCUGCGACAUGCUGGCUACGCAUCCCACCUUGCUCACCCCCGUGACUCAAUCCGAUGGAGAGACGGUAACACCACCGGUCUUCCAAAAGCCGUUGCUGAAAGUCUUUGCCAGAGCAUUGAAGUCCAGCUCCCCGAACAGCGUGCAGACGGCCGCCGCCACUGCCCUUUCCAAAUUACUACUUACAAGCGCUUUCAACCCUGGCGGAGCUAAUGUGCCCCCGGCCAUCCAGGAGUAUAACCAGGCUGCUAUCGAGACGCUUCUGCAAUCCCUUGUUGUUUCCUUCUUCCACCCUCGCACGCGUGAUAACCCUGCGCUUCGACAGGCCCUGGCCUAUUUCUUCCCCGUCUACUGCCAUUCUCGACUGGAAAACGCACAGUACAUGCGCCGAGUGGCCGUGCAGGUCGUUCGGGCGACAUUAAAUGCCGCCGAAGAAUACUACUCGCUGGAAGCCGAGGAAGACAGUGAUGGUGAUAUCGACGAGACAGUCGGACAACGAGAGCUGAAGGCCCUCAUGAGCGGUGUGCUGGGCAUGUUGGCGGAAUGGACCGAUGAGCGGAGAGUUAUUGGUUUGGGCGGAGAGAAGGUCCUUGCGGGCCAACCAACUAGCUCGACAGCAUGUGGCUUCGUUCAUCUGGAGCUGGUGAAGGACAUCCUCGAGCGGGUGCUGGGAAUUAGCACAGGCACCAAUCGCUGCUCGAAAGAAGAGAAGAAGCUUCUCUUCUCCCUCCUCAGCAAACUCUACAUUACAGCACCUGUGGUUCCCUCCCGCGCUGGAUCUCGUGCUCCCGAAGGCGAGGACCCAUUGCGUUCCAGUGUGCGCAGCGCACAGCCGGAGAUCUCCCCCGAGAACGUCACCCUCGCUCAGGAGGUCAAGGAGCUGCUAGACGAGACGAUCGAAGAGGGGCUGGCUGCCGAAGCCGCCAGCCGCAAUGCCCUGGUCAAGGCGAAGAACUCGAUCCUCAAGCUAUUGGCGGCGGCCAAUGGUCGUCCUGCCAGUGUGAGGAUGCGAGAAGGCGACGAAGGCGACAGCGAUGUCAUGAGCGUGCGAUCGAUGAGCGUGCGGUCCGGCAGCGUGCGGCCCUCCAUCGAGCCGGGGGCGAUGCGUCGCGGAUUCUCGGUUGAGCCGAGCAUUAUUGAGGAGGAAGACGAGAACGAGGACAGUCAUACGACGGUGAUCAAGGCGGAAACUCGCGACGAGUAA